UGUGUCAAGCAUAACCUAAAAAUAACAGUAGCGUCUCGGCUGUUGUUUUGGUGGUGCCUGUUUUCAUUUUCCUGUUGUUUAAACGCUUCUACUGUUGUGAAUUUUAAUCAAAAAAGAUGACAAAUAAACAAGCAGAGACUGAUCUAUAUGGAACAACGUUUUCAAUAGAAUCCAUGAAAGUAAUAGCUGAAAGCAUUGGAAUACCAGGUCUCCCAGAUGAAGCUGCGAAAGAAUUAGCCGACGAUAUUUCUUUUCGACUCAAACACAUCAUUCAAGACUCUGCAAAGUUUAUGAAUCAUGCGAAACGCACCAAGUUAUUGCAUUCCGAUGUUGAUAGUGCUUUAAAAGUGAAAAAUCUUGAGCCACAAUAUGGUUUUCAUUCCUUGGAAUCUCUUCCAUUUCGAUUUGCGUCUGGCGGUGGUCGUGAAUUACAUUUUAUAGAAGAAAAAGAAGUUGAUCUCAAUGAAAUAAUCCAAAAUGUAAACAACAAAGCACCUCUUGAAGUCACACUGAGGACACAUUGGCUGGCAAUUGAUGGAGUCCAACCAGCAAUUCCUGAAAAUCCUCCUCCAGUUGCCAAAGAAGUACAGAAAACUGAAUCAGUUGACCCUGUGAACAAAAUCACCAAACCCAAAUCAAAGGAGAAUGCUGGCAAACCUAGUCUAAGCAAACAAAAAUUAAAGAAUGUGGAAACAGUACAAAUUAAACAAUUAGCCACACAUGAAUUGUCUGUAGAACAGCAAUUAUACUACAAAGAAAUAACAGAGGCUUGUGUUGGAUCUGAUGAAAAUAGAAGAACUGAAGCCCUGCAGAGUUUGGCAUCAGAUCCAGGCUUGCAUGAAAUGUUGCCAAGGAUGUGCACAUUUAUUAUUGAAGGUGUAAGAGUAAAUGUUGUGCAAAAUAAUUUAGCACUGCUGAUUUAUCUUAUGAGAAUGGUGAAAGCUUUGCUGGAUAAUGCUUCAUUAUAUUUAGAAAAAUAUCUGCAUGAGUUAAUACCGUCUGUGACGACUUGUAUUGUUUCAAAACAACUUUGCAUGCGACCAGAAUUGGAUAAUCAUUGGGCGUUGCGUGAUUUUGCAUCGAGAUUGAUGUCACAAAUUUGUAAAAAUUUCAAUACAUCGACGAAUAAUAUUCAGACGCGCAUUACUCGAAUGUUUUGCAAUGCGUUGCAACAAGGGGAUAAACUUGCGCUGAGUUCGUUGUAUGGUGCUUUGGAAGGUCUUUCUGAACUUGGAACAGAAGAUAAAACUUUCAUUGUUCCAAGAUUAAAAGCUUUGGGUGCAAGAAUUGAACAACAUUUGGAAGGUGUUUCUGUUUCUACAGUUGACAAGAUUGCAUCAGGGCAUAUAAAAAAUCUUUUGGUGAAAAAUCUCACUCCUAUAAUAACUCUUAAAAAUCCACCGGAUUAUUUGGAAGAAUAUAAAAAUGAUUAUGGAUAUUUAGGUCCAGCUUUGCAGAGUGCUGUUUUAAAGGUGAGGCAACAGCCUCUGAGUAUUGCGCCGCCAAUUACUGGAAAUGCGAUUCCAAUGCAGACUAAUGUAGGACAAUCUGUGACAAGAACAAUUACAUCUUCGAAUUCUAUUGUUCAACAACAGGCGACACGAGUCCAAUCCGCAGGUCCAAGUCAAAAGGUAAUAUUUGUCACCCAGCGCAGUCAAUCCGGACAACAGGUACAGCAAGUGCAGCAAGUCGUGCAACAGCAGCAGAGCACAGUCGUGAAGUACGUCACCAACACCAAUCAGCAGCAGAUGCAUAUGCAACAACAAAAAAUCAUCACACAACAAAAGUUGGAUUGGGUGGAACUGGAAGAGGAAUUUGAAUAGACAACGUCGUCGUCGGCUGGAGGUUUUACUGUUAAUACAAAUAUUCUAUGUUGUGGAAGAGCAAAUGAUUGAGCUGAUAUAUUUAUUUUUAAGUUUUUUAAAAAUACAAAUAAAGUACGAUGGUGAUUAAUAUAA